CAACUACCUUCUUACCAAAAAUAAACAAAAGUCCACAACUACCACCUCUCUCUCUCCCCCUCUUAUCUUAGCGCUGUUACCAAAUUUGUCUAGUUUCGAAUCUUAACGUCUAUAUAUACCCCUAUUCAUUCUAUAUGUUGAAUCACAAAACUUAAAACACAAGCUAAUCACUUCCUCUUCGAUCUCUCAAACAGAUCCAUUUAUUGCCAUGGCAAUGACCGCGACAGCAGCAGCUCCACCUACUAAAUCUUUCCAGAAACAAGACGAGGAGUGGCGUGCGAUUCUGUCUCCUGAGCAGUUUAGGAUUCUCAGACAAAAAGGAAUAGAGCAACGAGGCACUGGAGAGUAUACCAAAUUGUUCGAGGAAGGGACUUACUGUUGUUCUGGUUGUGGUACUGCUGUUUACAAAUCCACCACAAAGUUUGAUUCCGGUUGCGGCUGGCCAUCAUUCUUCGACGCCAUUCCCGGUGCUAUUAACCAAACUCCAGAAGAAGGUAAGAAUAGACUGGAGAUCACAUGUGCAGUAUGUGAUGGACAUCUUGGACAUGUUCUCAAAGGAGAAGGUUUCCCAAAUCCUACGGACGAGCGUCAUUGCGUUAACAGUGUCUCUCUCAAAUUCUCUUCUACAGAUUCCUCCAAAUAAUUGUUUGAGACUCUAUUAUUGAUCGGACGACUUCAUAUAUCUCUCUCAAGAUCACGGAAUCAAUAUUCUUUGAUCCGUGUGAGCUUGCUAUGUUACAUUCCUACUCAUAUGUGUAUGUGAUACUAUUAUUCAUGUGUGUGUGUGAUGUUGUUUUCACUUUCCAAUUUAUUAUCCAACUAUUUGUUCAAUGUAUGUCCCUAUCUGGUUAUUAUGAAAUUUCCAAAUUUAUAGUUAUUAUU